CGGUCGUUUUUUUCCGUGGUAUUAAAUUGUACCAACGAUGAAAUGCUGAGGAGGGAAGGGAAGUUUAGGCACACGAAGAAGAGCACCAGUAGACUCACACCUAUCACCGUGACAUUGGUUGACAAGAAACACACUUGCCAGCAUGGUUAGCGGUAGGGCAAGGUAAAAUUAUACGUGAAAUAAAGAUAGCAACUACAUAUCACCGCCCACAAAAAUGCUGCCGCGUCGGGGAAAAGACCAGCACUCACCCCAGUCGUGCUUUCCAACACGAGGAGGGAACCUUAACCCUUCCUCGCAGCGGCCCCUGCUGGCGGGUCAGGGUUUGUUUGCGCAAAUGAAUGCAGCGCAGUCGGCAAAAAUGUUGCCGAGUGUUAAAGCAGAACCCAGCGUGGUAGGUGAUGCGGCAGCUCCGGCGGCUCCCGGCAGUUCCGGCGGUUAUGAAAUGCAAAUAUGUCUGGGUCUGGAAACUUGUGAUGCUGGCUGGCGAAUCCUGAGGACGCCACAAGUAACUGCUCAGCAUGACAAGUUUCUGACUUGCUAGGUGUUGCGCAUUCUGCAUGACAAACCGCGUUCCGGCAUGGCAGAAAAGUGGGGCUUUUGGGUAACGAGCAUGACAGACUUUGGAGUCAUGCUAGCAGAGCAUGACAGACCUUCCAGUCUUCCAGACCCAGACAUUUUUGCAGUCCAUAGCGGUGCUCCAACAGCCAUGACGUACGCCGACCUGGCGCCCUCCUCGUAUUCUGUGCAAAAGUAUCGUACUCGUAUUGCAAUCAUGCAUUACAAAUUUUUUUCUUAAGGUAAAUCCGCAUUACAAAAUUAUAUUUCUCAUGCUGGGGAAAUUUGUAUUGCAUUUAAAUACGAGUGCGAUACUUUUGCAAUCCAUACCUCGCUGUUUGCAGCGAAAGUGGAGUAUGGGGUGAAAGAAAUGCAUUGCUCAGCUGUUUGGAGUAAAUCAGAUGUGUCUACUACUGUGCACGGAUACAGAGACAGAGGGAGAGAGGAAGAACUGAAAAAUCUUUCAAAAGUACUGUUUGCAUGCCUGAGCUUUGCGUGCAGCUGCACUCUCCGCUUCUUAGCAAAAUGAAGUCCCCAGCAGUCGUACUGCAUGCCAUUUCAUUUUUCCAAACAUGCUGUAGUCAAACAAUUUUUCCCCCCCACACCCCAAACGGACUGCAGACGGGUGCAAUCUACUGGGAGACCAACAUGAACCCUUUCAACGGGGCCUUUGGGCAGGGAACGUACUAAGUUUUAAUGCUCUUUCUGGUUGAUGUUUUCGUAUUCGUGCGCAUGAAAAACACUUUAAGUAUCUGUGUGAUGCGCGUUGCUGCAUGACAAACACGUCCUUCACGCCAUCUCAGGUAUGGCCAGAAGUGGUCUUGGCAACUAUUCGACGACUCGGUGAGGAAAAUGUUUGGUUUGGACGAGGACACGCGGAUACGGCGGACUGGAGCACGGCUUUGCGUCGUUGAAGCCGAAUUUGUCAUGCUGAUUUAGAAUUAUGCAUUUACUGCUUCGGGAGUGGAGCGCAUGACAACUUCGGCUUCUACGAGGUUCUAGCGGUAUUUUCCUUUUCAUACCUCAACUGCCCGAUGGUUUUUCACAACGACGAGGUGUUUGAUGUGCAUUGCAAAAGCAUCGUACUAGUGUAAAUCGCAUGACAAAUUUUAUCAGCGUGAGAAAUGGAGUCUGUAAUGCUGGUUGCCCUUAGGUGAAAAAUUUGUAAUUCAUCACUGCAAUUGCUACGAGUACGAUACUUUUGCACUGGAUAUUUGACCGGAGUAUGAAAUGUUUCCAUUCUGAGGUGGACAAGUGUUUCUUCUUUCUGAUGCUGAUUUUUUUUCGUCAUGCCAAGAGACUGAACCAACACCAAAAGGUAGUUCUACUGAACAUGCAUGGCAGACCGAGCUACGAAAAGAAUGGUCAGUCGGAAAACGGAGAUCAAAAUCGCAUGACAAAAAGACUACUUACACUACUUCUCACCAGCUUUAUUUCCAUACCUCCCUGGGUGCGAGACUAUAAUGCGACGGACCGAAAUUUUUACCAGCUCGUUCCGGCCAAGAAAAAGUGGAACUUCAGGUAUAAGUAGUUCGUGAAUUACUAUAUGAUGAUGAUUAGUACUUUUUACCUUUAUUUGUGCUACGCAUGACAAAGAUUCUUUCUCAUCCGCUUUUGUGCAUGACAAACUACGAAUCAUUCACUUGUAAAUCAGUUUCUUUCCGACCGGUACCAAAAACCCGCUGGAGUGCAAACAGGAAGGCGACAUCUCCCGUAUGACCUGCUCAAAUCGGUUACCAUCUCAAACGUUACAAUAGAGUCUGGAUGUUUGCAUGACAGACUCGGACAGCAUUCCACUUUCUGCAAUACAAAUUGCGCCAGAUAAUUGUAGUGCGGUUUGGGACUCCGACUCCGGAGCUUGUCAUGCGCAAUCGUCCCGUGGAAGUCGGCUAAAUAAUGCACCUCGUGCAUCACAGAUUGAUUUCCAUAUUCUAUUGUACCGUUUGAGAUUGUUGUAGCACCUGAGCUGGUUAUAUCCCGCGCGGACGUUUUUACCGGGGUUUUGGCGUCCUGUCUGAAGGUGGAUUUGGCACACGCGAUGGCCUGAGCUGGUGCGAGGUCCUUGGUCUACUUUAGACAAGUUGUUGAAUGGACCACUUGAGGACAAGAUGAACAGGUGCUUUUGAUGUCUUGCAAAAGUUUCACAGGAAGAACAUGAUUUCUUUGAGGAAUGAUUGGAUAGGUUCAACGAGGAUCGCUGUCAGAGCCGGCGAGACAGAAACAAGCACUAGGUGUGGUCACUGUGCGUGCGCGCAUAGCGGGAAAGGCGGCAUGGUUGCGAAGUGUUACAAUUUUUCGAUCUUCU